AUGGAACCGAAUAUAGACGAAGCGCUCAGAGCAAAAACAAAUGCAGAAAAAAAAUUUGCCGAGAACGACUUUGUGGGUGCCAGGGAUUAUGCUGAAAAAGCUCAAAAACUGUGUCCUCAACUGGAGGGUAUACCUCAAAUGGUGGCUACAUACGGAGUUUACAUUGCUUCUGAGAAAAAAAUUAAUGGAGAAUUUGACUUCUAUUCGAUCCUUGGAUUAGAUCCAUCUGUUGACAAGUCAAAAUUAAAGAAACAGUACAAGAAGAUGGCAGUGUUGCUCCACCCUGAUAAGAACAAAACUGUUGGGGCUGAUGGGGCAUUCAGGCUUGUCUCUGAGGCAUGGACACUUCUAUCUGAUAGCGUCAAAAGGAGCUCUUACGAUUACCGGAGAAAUUUGUUUACUGGACAGAAUGUUGGGGCUGGUGUUUAUGACAGUUAUUCCAAGUUUUCAGCUUCUCAUAGGAGACUUGAUACAUUUUGGACAGUCUGUACAUCUUGUCACGUUCAAUAUGAAUAUCUCAGGAAGUACGCGAACAAACGACUCUCUUGUAAAAACUGCCGUGGUGUUUUUGUUGCUGUUGAAACUGGACUAGCCCCUGUAGAUGGUUCUUUCUCAUAUGGCUCUUGGUCCUAUGUGCCUGAAAGUGGUUAUGGAAAUCAUGGCUGUGGAGCUACAUAUAUACCAAUGACCACUGGAUAUUGUGCUCCUAAUGGAGUUUCAGGACAUCAUAUGGGACAUGGAUCAGAGUGUCUCUCCAAUAUAUCGUUUCAGUGUAACUCGUCCUCUGGAAAGUCAGUGGGUAUUGUAGACCCUAAUGGAUUAGCUACUUCCUCCCUUGUGUUUUAUCAAUCAAGUGGAAAGGUAAAUAAAACAAAACCCAAUGGAAAACAUCGUGUGGUAGAGGCUGCAGUUCAUAUGGUCUCUAAUGCAUGUACUGGUUCUAAUGGAAUAUCAGGAUCCAAGCGCGGUAGACCUGCCAAGAAGAGAAAAGUUGACUCUGGAAGUAUUUGUGCCAGUGGACAUGAAGAUUUGCCUCCAAAAAGUGCUACAGAAGUAAAAAUGGCCAAUGGGAAUGGAAAUUUGGAUCCUAAUUCUAAACUUCCCUUCCCAUCUGAGACUUCAAUUAAACGCUCUGCAGUUUCCCCUGCAUCUGAUGCUAGACAGUUGUUGAUUGAUAAAGCAAGAUCAGAAAUCCGUGAGAAACUAGAAGAGAUAAGGUUGAAUUCAGAAGCAGAAGUUGCAGAGGCCGAGAAGAGAAGAGCACAUGCUAAAGUUGAUAAAUCCUGUGAGGCAGCUAUAAUAUCAGGUUCAAUUGGUACUGGUCAUCUAGCAGAACUAAAGAGAGUUGUUUCAAUGUCAAUUACAGUACCGGACUCGGAUUUCCAUGAUUUUGACAAAGAUAGAUCAGAAGAAUGUUUUAAACCAAAGCAGAUAUGGGCCCUGUAUGAUGAAGAUGGGUUUACCAAAUCUUGUGGAAAUUUUAGAGCGUUCAACUCUGAAAUUAUCGAGCAAGUCAACAUCUUUUCUCAUGUUCUUAGCAGGGAGAAAGCCGGUAGAGGAGGUUGUGUUAGAAUCUACCCAAGAAGUGGAGACAUUUGGGCAGUAUACCGUAACUGGUCACCAGAUUGGAACAGAAAAACUCCGAAUGACGUAAGGCACCAGUACGAAAUGGUCGAGGUUCUUGAUAACUAUUCUGAAGAUCAUGGUGUGUGGGUAACACCUCUAGUUAAGCUUGAUGGAUUCAAGACUGUGUACCAGAGGAAUAUGAGCAAAGAAGCCAUUCGAUGGAUUCCAAGAAAAGAGAUGUUACGGUUUUCACAUCAGGUGCCGUCUUGUUUACUUAAAGUAGAAGGCACUAGCUUGCCCGAGGGUUGCUGGGAUCUCGACCCUGCUGCAACUCCCGAAGAGCUUCUUCAGGUAGAACCCGAGGUUUGCAACAAUGUAAGCCCUGGUCAGACAGAGAAGCGCGUUGAUGCUCUAGAUGAAAAUCGCAUUGCUGAAUUUGAAAGACAGGCUGUUGAAAAGUUGAGUCAAAUGAAAAGCUUAACUUCGAGUCCAGUGUGGCAUGGCGUUGUAGGCAAUGCAUUCGAAGCAUCCUCAGACUGA